UUGGACAAGCCGCGUCAUGUGACCAUCCUCCAACUGGAGUUUCCACGACAGCUGGGAGCCGUGCGAUACCUCCUCGCGUAUUGCUUUCUUAAAGAAUACGUAGGGACUGUCCUUAUUUCAACAUCCGCAAACAAACUUUUGGCGGCAUGGGAGACAAGAAGAGUCCAACCAGGCCGAAGCGUCAACCAAAGCCUUCGGCGGAAGAGGGAAAUUGGGACUGUAGCGUUUGCACAUACAAGAACACCGCGGAGGCUUUCAAGUGCAUGAUGUGCGAUGUAAGGAAAGGGACGUCAACACGGAAGCCUCGUCCUGUCUCCCAGCUGGUUGCUCAGCGGGUAGCGCCGCAGUUCGCCUCGCCCACGCUGCUGCCCAAGAAGGACAAGAAGGACAGAACGGACCAGGAGAAGAAUGACAAAGAGCCCACAGUGAAGAAGAACAGCCACAAGAAGAUGAGGCCCAGGUUAAAAAAUAUUGACAGGAGCAGCGCUCAGCACCUAGAGGUCACGGUUGGAGACCUGACUGUCAUCAUCACAGACUUUAAGGAGAAAACCAAACCUCCCCCCUCCUCCACCAGCACCACCACACCCCCCUCCUCUACCACCCCCUCCAGCACUGUGUCUGUGUCUGCAGAACACCACAGUGGCUCCAGCUCAGACAACAACACUGAGAGAGGGGUCUCACGGUCAACUUCACCCCGAGGAGAGGGCUUCUUAGUCGGGACAGAGUCCCAUUAGACCACCCCCCUUGGAGCCCCAGACCGC